AUGGCAGAUAAUUCGAAGCAAGUACAUCUCAAUAACGAACAAAAUCAACGCUUCAAUCUGAUUACUCGUUCGUUGCACGAAGUUCUCGGUGCAGAUAUCGUCAAGCAGAAGAUCAGUACAGGCGAGCAAUUGAAAUGUUAUUGGGGAACAGCGCCCACGGGUAGACCACACGUUGGCUACUUUGUUCCUCUCGUUAAAAUUGCAGAUUUCCUCAGAGCAGGCGUUGAAGUCAAAGUGCUUAUGGCUGAUAUACACGCUUUCUUGGAUAAUCUCAAAGCCCCAUUUGAAUUAGUACAGGAUAGAGUCAAGUACUACACUAAACUCCUUCGAUCCAUCUUCAUCAGCCUCGACGUUCCUGUCGAUAAUCUCAUCUUCGUCGUCGGUUCUUCCUAUCAACUCACCCCGCAAUACUCCAUGGACAGCUACAGGCUCGCUGCCAUGACAACUGAGCAUGACGCUAAAAAGGCUGGCGCUGAAGUCGUCAAGCAGGUCUCCUCCCCUCUUCUCUCCGGUAUGCUCUACCCUGGCCUCCAAGCUCUCGACGAAGAGCAUCUGGGCUGUGAUUUCCAAUUUGGCGGUGUUGAUCAGAGGAAGAUCUUUGUUAUGGCUGAGUCCCUUCUCCCAAAGCUCGGCUACGCUAAGAGGGCUCACUUGAUGAAUGCCAUGGUCCCUGGCUUGGCCGGUGGUAAAAUGUCUUCUUCAGACCCUAACUCUAAAAUUGAUUUCCUCGAUUCUGCUGCAGAUGUCAAGAAGAAGAUCAAGUUGGCUUUCUGUGAGGAAGGUAAUGUCCAAGAAAAUGGCUUGUUGGCUUUCUUGAAAGCUGUUGUACUCCCAAUCGCUGCAUAUAAGCAGCUUAUUAAGGGUGCAUCGCCUUUCGCUGCCCAAGAUGCCGCCAAUGACUUUUUAUUCUCGGUCACCCGUCCAGAAAGAUUUGGUGGCUCGUUGCACUACAAGGAUUACGAUAAAAUCGAGCAUGACUUUUCAACCAAAGCUCUCCAUCCCGGUGAUCUCAAGAAGGCGGUUGAGGAUGCCAUUAACACCCUUCUCGAUCCAAUUAGAAAGGACUUUGAGGCUGAUGAAGAGUUCAAGGCAGUUGAGAAGGCAGCAUACCCACCACCAAUAGAUCCUGCCGCUGCCGCCAAAGAGGCAAAGAAGGCAAAAAAUGAGGCAAAAAAGAACAAGACAAAGGCUUCGGCUGCUACAUUCCAGCAGCAGUCUGUCGAUAGCGUCGCCGACCAAGUGGAGAGGGUUGAGAUUCCAAAACAAUAG